GGAGAGGAGGAGCCUGUGGGGUGUGGGACUCCAGACAAAGGAGACAUAUACACACUGACACUGGAUCUGUGGAGCUGAAGGAGACGCAGACAGCUGCACAGCUUCACUUUCCGCUCACGAUCCUCAACUCCUGCGGCACUUUUCUCGCUUUGUGUUUCGUAAAACUUUUUUUUUUGGUUGUGUGUGUUAAAAGGGGAAGUUGUGUUUGUCAGCUGAAUGGCUCCGUUUAGAGAGCUGAGAGAUAGUCGUGUUGGCACUGUGGUGGUUGUCUGAUGCUGCUUGUAGUGUGUAGAAGUGUGCAAGUGAGUGUGUAUGAGUAUGAUUGGGAUGGAAAAGGGGGGCUGGCUUGACCAACUGCUCUGGUCUUAGCUUUACGCCAUGGGGGGUUGCCAUAGUUACCCCUCGGCGACGGAGGCAGACUGCAAGACUCUCCAGCCUUCUGACAUCAGCAAUGACAAACAGGGAAUUAAUAACAAUAAUCUGGAGGAGCGUCCGUAUCUGCAGCAGGAGCAUGUGUGCCAGCAGAUCACACGCACAGACAUGUUGGUCCUCACGGCUCUGCCGCCAGGCGUAGACAAGGCCGAGUGGCUCGCCAGCAACACGGUGGCAUUUUUCAAGCACAUAAACCUGUUCUCCAGUGCGCUGUCCGAAUUCUGCACGCCCACCACCUGCCCUACUGCGUGUGGACCUGGCAACAUGAUUUAUGUCUGGACCGAUGACCACGGCCGGAAGCUGAAGUGCUCGGCUCCGCUUUACUUUGACUAUGCCAUGUCUUACAUUCAGGACCUCCUCACUGAUGAAGAUGUGUUCCCCACAAAAACAGGUUCAGCGUUUCCAACAGGUUUUAUCUUUCUGGUCCAGAAGGUGUUUCUGCUGUUAUUCAGGAGCCUGUCCCACAUUUACUGGUCCCACUACAGAGAGACAGUUGCUCUGGGUCUGCAGGGGCACCUCAACACACUCUUCACACACCUCACGCUCUUCUGCCAGCAGCACGCGCUGCUCGAGCUGGAAGACACCAAGCCGCUGCAGGACCUCAUCGCAGCUCUCAGAAAGCAAGGCUGAAACUGAGGAGCACACACACACAUUUUCAUCACACAUUUAUUGAAUUUUGGAAUGUGCUUAUAUUGUCUCUGAACUCUCUGGGCCAAACUUUGGCUUCAUUCACAGCAUGGAUUUUUCUUAAAGGUCUGGAAGUUGUAUCCACUUGUAUAUAAUUGUCAUCGGUUAUUGUGAUUAUGUGUAAAACCUAAAUAUUGCAUGAUGGUGUAUUUUAACCUAAUGGUGCAUUUUUAUAUUUUGAUAAGGUCAAGAUCUUCAACUUCAAUCACGUCUUCCUCGUUGACUUAACACAGGAAUCAUUUUAAAACAGAAUUGUCCCCCGACUCGGACAAUUCACAGUUAAAAUGAACAAAAUGUGCCAUAGUUACUCUCUGAAUAUUUUCCUCAAACCUGUAACGGUGGUGUGUCCAUGCAAAUGUGAUGACAUUGUUGUGGCUGCAUCUAUAUUGAAUCUCACAGCUCCUCUCUUUAUGUAUGAAUCUGAGCUCUGUAAUAAACAUUUAUCAACGACA